AUUAUUUUUAGCGAAGACUUUACAGAUGAAAACUCUGAAAAACUAAAAGGCGACCUUGAAAAACUUUGUGGGUUGGAGAUUUGCUACACCGAUGAUCCCUAUAUGCCCAUGCUCCAAACCAAGCUAAAAGUAAAUGGCUUUCCCUCCUACUACCAUCGAUACAAAGAUGACCUCUCAAAACCAACCAACCUUCCAGAAUAG